GGUUCAUCUUCCAUAUGCAAAGUUUCUUUCUUUCUUUUUUAUGGUUUUGAUCACUUAAAGAAAAAAAAAAAGUGUACUUUCUCUCCAGGGCAUUGCUAAAAACUUGUGAGAUCAGUGUUUUUAUUGGGUAGUUAAUGGCUAAUUUUAAUUCUGUUCAAGAUGCAGUGAAGCUCUUUAACGCUGGUUUAUCUGGAGGACAACAUCUCAACCAGAGUCAAGAACAGGAGACGAAUCACCGUCUCUGGAAUCAAGAGGUUAACAAGUUGAAGGAGAAGAUAAAGAGUGCUGAAAUGGCGAAGAUUGAGGCUUUGUUAGAGCUUGAGGAAGCUAAGAAAACAGUUGACCAUCUCAAUCACAAGUUGAGAAAGGAUGAGAAAGCUUUAGAUUUGAGUAGUAAUAGUAGUGUUGUGAGAGAUGUGACUUCAGAGUUAGGUGUUGCUAAAGAAUUGCUUCAAAGAGUAGUAGCUGAAAAUGAGAGUCGUCACGACUUAGAUGUGAGUGGUAGUAGUAGUAAUGUGAUAGUUGUGACUUCGGAGCUAGGCUUUGCUAAGGAAUCACUUCAUAGAGUAGCUGAAGAGGAGAGUGAAUUGUGUAUGUUGAUGGAGUCUCUUAAGCUCGAGUUUGGAAACGUGAAGAAAGAACAUUUACAGCUUAAAGAGAAAGAGCAGAGAGAAACAAAACAAGCCCUUGAGAAGCUCAAGAAGGAAGCUGAAGAUGCAAAGAGAGAGCUCUUGUUGUUAGAGGAAGAGCUCAAGAUUGCUCUAUUGGAAGCCGAAGAAGCAAAAGCAGAGGAAUGUAUAAACGUUCAAGAAAGUGGUGGUGGUGGUGGAUUAACUGAGACGGAAGUAUUAAGAGCAUGCAGAGAUGAAACACUAAAGAAGCUAGAGAUGAGUGAGAAAGAGAUUGAAGAUAUAAAAGCAGCAACGCAAGAGGCGUUGAAGAAAGCAGAGAUGGCUGAAGAAGCAACAAUUGUGGUGGACUUAGAGCUUAAAAGACGGCGUACAGCAGCGAGUAGGAUCAUGGCAGAAUCCAAAAUGUGUGUCAAGUCGUUCCCCUCUGCAAAGGAAGUGCAUAAGGCGAAAUCAAGAUCCAAAGAGACUUGUUUAGUCAAGUGUUGAGGGAAGAACCUGGUCUCUUUUGAGAUUGUGACACUCUGCAUAACUAAGAAUAAGUGUCACUUUGUUUAAAAUUGGAAGCUUUAAUCAUGUUUGCUUACUAAUCAAGAUAUAUAAGCAAGAUAUGUUUUAGUCACGUUGUUAUUUAUUGUUAAAUGACUUUUUUAUAUGUGAAAGAUAUAUAUGACCAAAAAAAAAAGAUAUUAUAGUU